AAAUGAAAUGUCAGAUUAUUACCUGAAAGAGAAGUUUAAAGUUCAUUUUGACACAUUUUUCCUGGAGCUGAGACACCAUUACAGAGUGAAGGACACAAACUAAAAACUAUUUAAUGGACUGAGGCUCAAAGAGACAGACUUUUGGUGAGUCUAACUGUUGACAGAUAAUUAAGGUUAAGAGGAAAUGGCUGAAAAACUCACCUUUUUCCUAAGCUGCUAUAUCUGUUCAGAGACUUUCAAAGAUCCUGUGUCUCUGAGCUGCAACCACAGCUUCUGUUCAAGCUGCCUGCAGAAGUUCUGGGAACAAACUGGAAACAAGAACUGUCCUGUUUGUAGAAGAAAGUCUUCAAAAGAAAAUCCACUGGUGAACUUUAGUCUGAAGGAACUUGCUGACUGUUUUGCUGAAAGACAGAAAUCUGYAUCAUCCGAGUCAGAAAAAGAGAAAAAAGGAAUGAUGAUGGUCUGCAGCAAACACCAAGAAGAUCCUCGUCUGUUCUGUGAAGACGAGCAGAGAGCUGUGUGUCCUGUCUGUGAGUUUUCUCUCCACCAGAAGCACAAAGUGGUUCCUGUAGAACAAGCAGUCAGAGAGCUGAAGGAGCAGCUGAGAUCUGACUUAAAGUCUCUGCAGGACAAGAGGAACAAACACAAACAUGUGGAGGAAACAUACAAUGAUGUGAUCCAACACGACCAGAGCCAGAACCCAGAGCUCACUGUCAGAUCCACAGCUGGUCUCAGGAGCCCUGAUAGAUGUGGCCAAACACCUGGGCAACCUGUCCUUCAGAGUCUGGGACAAGAUGAAGGACCAGGUCCACUUCAGUCCUGUCAUUCUGGACCCAAACACUGCAAACAGCUGUCUUCGCCUGUCUGAUGAUCUGACCAGUGUGAGACGUGGAGAAACCAAGCAGCAGCUUCCUGACAAUCCAGAGAGAAACACUAAAUACUCCAAUGUUUUUGGUUCUGAGGGCUUCAGCUCAGGGAAACACAGCUGGGAGGUGGAGGUGGGAGAUCAUCCUGUGUGGGCUGUUGGUUUGGUUAAAGAGUCAGCCGACAGGAAGGGAGAGAGAUUUGAUUCACCAGAAUAUGGAAUCUGGAGUUUAUGGCAGAAAGAUGGUAAAUACACUGAUGUUGUUGGUAAAACUCUCAGAGUGAAGAAGAGUCUCCAGAGGAUCAGAGUCCAGCUGGACUAUGACAGGGGGGAGGUGUCCUUCUACAACUCUGAAGACAUGAGUCACAUCUACACUCACAGAGACACUUUCACUGAGAAACUGUUUCCUUAUUUUAGUGUUGGACCUGCUGGAGACGCCAAAACCUCUGAUGUUAAAAUAUGUUAAACUAAAAUUUCUGCUUGAAUUUAAUCAAUGUUUGUUUUUAAUUAGUUGUAGGGGUUUUGGGUAUAUUCUAAAAUGGAUAA